CGCUGCGCGGUGCUCGACGAUGCCAAAGUCCGUGGGUUUGUAGUCCGGAGCGUUCCCUGAACAGGCGUUGGUGAAAGGGAGCGGCGCGGAGGGGGAGGAGGAGGUACAGGCAGCAGAUUCGGUUUAGUUCGGCGUGCGGGCACGACGUCUUUCCCGCCGCUGCGCUUGCCUUCUGGAGCGUGUCCUCCCGCAGAGUCGCCCGCGGGCAAAGCGAGCCACAGUCGUUGCACAGCACCAGGGUGAUUCGUUUGUGAUAAAGUCAAAGCCGAUGACUUCGCUAUAAAUAAUUCGGUGUUUGGGCAACGGGUAUGAUAGUAGAAUAUGUGAAAUUCCAAACGUCAGUAUUUGCUAGAGCAAAUUAAUCUGAAGGGCAUCCAGAUGAAGGCCUGAAAGGUAUUGUAGAACAAAGUUCUACAGGUGUAUGCACCAGCUGCUGUUUCAGAAUAGAUCGUUUUCCCCAGGGUGAAGUUUAACAGGAGGCUUGAUCACUCAAGUAGGAAUAUUACUGUGGUUGGACAACAUGUUUUGAUAAACACAGUAUCUUUUUUUUUUUUAUCAGCUAGCAAGCAACUUUUGUCGAUUUGAUUUCUGUUAAUACUGCUAACGUCGAUUAGACAUUAAUUAUUAAAUGCAAUUCACAAAGCUGGAGGAAACUUUGUAUCUUGCCAGAGAAACUGGACAUUCACCCCAGGCCACUUUCACGUUCUGAAAACUGCAGGUUUGGUAGCAAUCUCCUUGUCUGAUAAAAGAUGUUGGGUCACACAUCAGGCCAAAAAAAUCAUGCCAAAGAGCUUGGUGUAUGGCAAGUAAAACUACAGAACGCAGGAAUUUAAGGAGAGGGAGGGAUUCUGAGAAGAAACGGACAUGGCUAAGGAUCCUGUAGUUAAGGAAAUAGGAGUUUUAAUAAAAUUGCUGUAGUUGACUUGUAAUAAAAUGUGCUACUUUCAUUUGAUAAAACAGAAAAGGUGUUAGGCAUGCAGGUUUCAUGUGCCUCUACUGAAUUACUGUUUUUCAGAAUUUACACAAAGAGUGAUUAAAAAUAGCUGAAUUUCUAGGAUUCUCUCCGCUUAAGAAGAUGGCAUCUGUUUCAGACAGCCCAGCGUUCCAGUCUGUGACCAGUGGAUCCUAUGAAAUGUGUACCUUUCAGAAAAGGCUUGCUAGAGGCUAGAAAUGCCUCACAGAAGCUCAGAGCUGGGAAAAGACAGUGGUCAGAAACCUAAGUAGGAGCCAAGUUGAAACAUGAGGUGUAUUGCAGAUUCUAGAAGUGAUAAUAACCUUUUUGAGAUUGUGUCAAAAUGGAACGUGAGUGUAUGGAGAAGAUCAACACUUACUGUCAAAAGCAGAAACUGACACUGGUUUAUGCCAAUGUCAGGAUGACCGGCCCAUCUCAUGAUCCUGAGUUCACAGUUGUGGUUAAAAUAAACAAUGUAGAAUAUGGUACAGGCACUGGUAAAAAUAAGAAGGAAGCAAAAGCAGUAGCAGCAAAAAAAACCUGGGAAAUGAUUGAGAAACAGCCAGAGAGCCCUUCAAACAUGCAAGCUUCAGAAUUAAUGACAACUCAAACGACCUUAUUACCUGUACCAGCCAAUGACUAUGUCAGCCAACUAAAUAUGUAUUCACAAAGGACGCUGCAAAUAGUUGAUUAUCCUAACACAAAAUGUACUGGAGAAGCCCAUGCUCCCAUGUUUUCUUGUAGCUGUACAAUUAGUGGUUUUGUGUAUGGAAGUGGCACUGGAACUUCUGUAGCUGCUGCAAAACAAGCUGCUGCGAAACAAGCGCUUGAGAAGCUACAUAAGCAAGGCACUCUAACAAUGGGAAGAGAAGAAUCUAAUGGAAAUUCUGUAUUUACCGAACAUAGUAAUUCCUCUCGAGUGCCAACUCAGUCUGACUCAGACAGUAUUUCCUUUGAAGACUCAGCUGCAAAGUUAGUAGAAAAAAUGAAAGACAUGGCAGUAUGUGAAAAGCCUUCACCUUCUCAGAGAGACGUACAAAGUUCUGCCCUGAAAUCCAGAAGAAAAUUGGCAGCUAAUUUUGAUAAUGCAAGAAACAAGGAAGAGGAGAAAAAGAUGUCAGAUUUAGAUGAAAGUUUGCCAGAUUUGGACACAAAUACCAGUGAGGAGAAUGAAAGUCCAUACACAGUGAAUAAAAGGAAUGUAAAGCGUGAAGUAAAAGAACUUGCAAGACUUGACCACGAAAACAUAGUGCGGUAUUAUUGUAGCUGGAAAGGGUAUGACCACGUAACUUAUCCAGACUCAAGGCAGAAGUCAAACAAAGAAAUUACCUGUCUUUUCAUCCAAAUGGAAUUAUGUGAACAAGGGCCAUUGGAAAACUGGAUUGAAAAGAAUAGACUAGACCGAAAGUAUCAUGAGAUGGCACAAAACAAAUUUUUACAAAUACUGAAAGGAGUGAAAUAUAUUCAUUCUAAAGAGUUAGUUCAUCGAGACCUCAAGCCUCAGAAUAUAUUCAUAUCCCAUGAAGAUAAAAUAAAAAUAGGCGACUUUGGUCUUGUGACUUCUGUGGCGUAUGGGACUCUGACUGAGAACAGAGGAACAAAAUCAUAUAUGGCACCAGAACAGUUCGGUGACAGAUAUGGAAAGGAAGUAGAUAUUUAUGCACUGGGAUUAAUUUGGUUUGAAAUUCUUUCGGCAUUCAGUGGUCAUGAGAAAAUUAAGGUAUGGCAUGAUGUUAGAGAAGGUCAACUUCCAGAGAGCUUCACCAAACAAUUUCCAGUAAAGGCACCCAUAAUCAAAAAGAUGCUUUCAAGAGACCCUUCAGGAAGAUACUCUGCAUCUGAAAUACUUGAGUUUUUUAAGUCUGUUGAUAAAGACAACUCAUUUAAAACUCAUACUCGGUAAAGGCCUUUCAGAUGUAAAAAGGCUUUCAGAUGUGUUUAAAUCCAGAGUUUGACGUCUGAAACUGAUGAAAUAACAGUAAAUGUCAGAAGCAACAACAAGA